AUGUCGAGGACACGUCCGCCUCAACCUGAAUAUGUUGGGUUUGACAAUACACCGUCCAUAAAGGACUGGAAUGCAUAUCUAGGACCCGACCCAUACAGCAUCAUGGUCAAUGGGUAUGGAGCUAUGACGAACCUCCCGGGAGACGAACGUUUCGAGCUGGUAUCGUCGCUCUUUGGGCCGGGAAACAUCGCCUGCUGGAUCUGCCUGAUCAUUCAGUUGGACAAUCAACCCGUCUUGCGCAAAAAGGAUACCAUCACGAACGACUUCAUUGCCGUACUCACCUUCCCGAUAGUGGCAGCCGGGCACUUUUUCCAUCAAAUCGUCCAGCAGACGGGGAAGAAGCACGACGGCAAGACGCUGCGCCUGCCAGACCUUCUCAUGAGCCUGGACCGCGACGAUGUGCAAGCUGUCGCUGCCAUGGAGGCGCCUCUCACAAUUUGUGAAGAUUUCAUCCUGUGGGCCACGCUUUUGUACAUGCUGGCCGCGCGGAAAGGUCAGCUGAAGAGAAUGUCCUUGGUCGUCGCCACUGGCUCGCUGUGCCUCGCGACGGAGCUGCUUCUUUUGACCAACUGGGUGCCUUUCGAGUCGAGUCGGCUCCUGCGGCCGUUUCUCUUCGACAUUCAGCCCUUUAUCAUCGCCAUGUCCUCUUGGUAUCUUCUUAUGGUGGUGGUGUAUCCUCUGGAAACGCUCUUGGGCGUACUACGUGCGCUGAAGACGGUGAAUCAGGCUGACACCGAGGCCGGGACGACUUUGACCUGGCGCAUUCUCCGACCGGGUCGCUUGAGCAGUUGGAUGGCGGGAUGCUCGGCCCUGGUAAGCAACAUCGGCGCGAUUUGGAUCAAGUACGGCUCGAUAUACCCCUACUAUCCCUAUAGUGCGUACGUGACGAGGUUCGUGCCGCGAAGCACGGCCAAACCCACCGAUUUGGACCAGGUUGUCGCUGGACUGGGCGGGGGUGUCGCAUUAUUAUUCAGCUUGCUCGACGCUCUGAGGGAACGAAAGAAGGCAAAGGCAAGUGCGAAGUAA